AUACCUACUCUAAAUUUUUUGGAUGAUACAAUGUACACUCCUCCCGUUGAUAUCAUAAUGAUGCCAUUUGAUGUACAUGUAUACAACAAAUUAGAUGAAGAUAGGUAUAGUCGGGCAUUUUACACACACACCAAGGGCUACAAAAUGUGUCUCUGCGUUCAAUACGAUGAUACAAAAAAGUCUUCAAAUUUACACGCUCAUUUAAUGGUUGGAGACUAUGACGAUGAUCUUCAGUGGCCGUUUCGUGGUACCCUGAUGACAGAAAUACUGCAUCGAAAAACAAGAACAUUUCAUUAUUUAGCUGAUAUUGUUUUUGAUGAUGACAAGUUUUGUGGUAGAGUCUGGAAUGGCGUUCCAACUGAAACAGGAAUGGCAUCAUCUAUUGUUGGAGAAGGAAUUCCUUUUGCUGAAGUUGUUCAAGAACCAUUUAUUGAAUAUUUAGGAAACAACGGCAUGGUUAUCUGUGUCAGGUCUGUUAAUGUGAAAUCACUAGUUCAAACCAGUGCUGUUAUAUCUCCACCUCCAAUUAAGGAAGAAAUGCUUUUUGAAAUUAAUGGGUUCUCUCAUCACAAGAAAUCAAAUUCUGAGCUCAUCAGUAAAGAAUUUUACAGUGCUAAGGGAUAUAAGUUUGUACUGAUGGUCUAUCCUAAUGGUAGGAGCCACUUCCAAGGAAGGAGUAUAUCCAUUUUCGCUCACAUAUCUAUGGGACAUUAUGACAAUGAAUUACCAUUUCCAUUUCGUGGAAAGAUAAUUGUUCAGAUUGUUAAUCGACUUGAUAAUCUCAGGUAUCAUGUAGAGAAGACGAUUGAGUUUACUAAUAAGACUGAUCCUGAAUAAAGGUUUGGUGCUAGAGUAACUGGCCUUACUAGAUUUUUUGGUUCUGGACACUCUCAUCAAGGCUUUGGAUACCAUGAUAUGCUGUGUCAUGAGUUUUUAAUGUUUAACGCAAAACACAGGACAGAAUACCUAAUGAAUGACAGCUUGAUAGUUAGAGUAACAAAAAUAGAAGAUUAUAACAUGUAAUUCGAAUAAAAAUA